UUCUGAUACGCCUGAGAGCUGAUAUCGCCUGCAAACACAGUCACCAUGUCCACGUCUCUGAGAGUCAGUCCCUCCGUGCAUGGCUACCACUUCGACACGGCCUCCCGCAAGAAGGCUGUGGCCAAUAUCUUUGAGGGAGUGGACCAGUACUCCCUGCAGAAGCUGUUUAAGAAAACCGGGGAUAAGAAGGCCGAGGACAGGGCCCGGAUCAUCUUCUGCAUAGACCAGGACAAUGAGGAGAAAGCGAGGGCUUUGCUGGCUCUGAAGCAGAGAACCCGAGACAAGAUCAUGCAGUUCCUUAAACUCAGGAAACUCCCUCUCAAAGUGAUCUGAGUGCCUGUCCCGCAGAGCUGACAAUCCAAUACCUGAAAACAGUAAUCAUGAUAGACUGAUCUGGAGAAAUGCAAUCUUCAACUGGUCUGCAGAGCUUACAUUCCAGUACUGAGAUACUGACCCAGAGGGGUUUCACAAUCACGUCUGAAGACACCGUGACUACCCUGGUGAGUUCAUGAGAUUAUCCCAGGGUGAAAAGAGUGAUGCCCUUGAGAGACUGUUCCAAAGAGCUUGCAAUCCAAUCGCAGGG